AUGGGUCAACGCCUUGGGGCAGGAGGUUUGGGUGGAGGAGUGCUUGGAGCAGGCGGCCUCGGGGCUGGCAGAGGUCAGGGAGCUGGAACAGGCUACGUACCUGGAGGUGGCUAUGGAGGAUAUGGAGGUGGUUUUGGACCAGGUGCUGGACAAUACCCAGGAGUUGGUGGAACUGGUCCCAAACCUCCUAAAACAGGAGCAGGUUAUGGGCCUGGUGGUGCAGGAGUUGGGCCUGGUGGUGCAGGGGUUGGGCCUGGUGGUGCAGGGGUUGGACCUGGCGGUGCAGGAAUUGGGCCUGGUGGAACAGGAUUUGGGCCUGGUGGUGCAGGAUUUGGGCCGAGUGGAACUGGAUUUGGUCCUGGUGGUGCAGGAAUUGGGCCUGGUGGUGCAGGAAUUGGGCCUGGUGGUGCAGGAGUUGGGCCUGGUGGGACUGGAUUUGGUCCUGGUGGUGCAGGAGUUGGGCCUGGUGGGACUGGAUUUGGUCCUGGUGGUGCAGGAGUUGGGCCUGGUGGAACUGGAUUUGGGCCUGGUGGAACUGGAUUUGGGCCUGGUGGUGCAGGAGUUGGGCCUGGUGGAACUGGAUUUGGGCCUGGUGGUGCCGGAGUUGGACCUGGAGGAGGAGUUGGUCCUGGUGGAGCCACUGUGCCAGGAGGAGCUCCAGUGCUGCCACAGACUGGUACUACUGGGGGAGGACCUGGAGGAAAGACUGCAGGUAAAGCAUCAAAACAACUUCCAGGAGUUGGGGUGCCUGGACUCUAUCAAGGUGGAUAUGUACCAGGCCAAGGUUUUGGAGGCCGUGGUGUUCUCCCUGGAGUGGCCACAGGAUCUGGACUUGGGCCUCAGACUGGAGCUGGGGUACUUGGCCAGGGGGGUGUUGGACCAGGAGGAGCAAGCAAUGGUCGUGGACAGCAGUUGCCUGGGAUUUUUCGUGGUUACCCUCUCAUAACACCAAAAUCAGGGGCGGGAAAAUCGAAGAAUCCAGCCAAAGCUGCAGCUAAAUACGGUGGAGCUGGAGCUGGAGGGGGUGCACUGGGUCAAGGAGGCACUUUGGGUAUUGGGGCUGGAAGACUACCAGGAGGAACAGGAGUCACAACCGGGUUAGGAGGUGGAGUUGGAACAGGAGGCGGACCAGGAGCUGUACCUGGAUUUGGAGGGGGAGCUGGAACAGGAGGUGGACCAGGAGCUGUACCUGGAUUUGGAGGGGGAGCUGGAACAGGAGGCAGACCAGGAGCUGUGCCUGGAUUUGGAGGUGGCGCUGGAACAGGAGGUGGACCAGGAGCUGUGCCUGGAUUUGGAGGUGGAGUUGGAACAGGAGGUGGACCAGGAGCUGUGCCUGGAUUUGGAGGUGGAGUUGGAACAGGCAGCGGGCCUGGAGUUGCUGGCAACAUACCUGGCUUAGGUUAUGGUCCCAGCUCAGCCAAAGCACGCAAAUAUGGUCAGCUGGGUGGUACAGGCACUGGUGCUGUUGGAGGGCUUGGAAGGGGAGGAUUAGGUGGAGGAGCUGGAGUUGGUCCUGGCACUGGUGCAACUGGAGGCCUUGGAGGACCAGGAGGAGGAGUUGGACUUGGCAUGGGAGGGGGACCUGGCUCUGGGGUUGGUUUUGGUCCAGGUAGUACUGGCACUGGGUCAGCUGGUCUUGGUUAUGGCCCUGGAGGAACGGGUUAUGGGCCAGGAAGAACUGGGUAUGGUCCAGGUGGAACUGGAACUGGAUUAGGAGGAGCAGGAACUGGACCUGGGGGGUAUGAUGCAAGCGCCAAAGCUCGAAAAUAUGGCAUGUUAAGUGGAGCCCUUGGAGGUUCGGGAACAAGUACUGGAGGAGUAGGACUUGGUGGUGCUGGGACAGGCUAUGGACCAGGCAGAGGAGUCGGACCUGGUGGUGCUGGUACAGGCUAUGGACCAGGAGGACUUGGGCCUGGUGGUGCUGGUACUGGCUAUGGACCAGGAGGAGUUGGGCCUGGUGGCGCUGGUACUGGCUAUGGACCAGGAGGAGUUGGGCCUGGUGGCAUUGGUACUGGCUAUGGACCAGGUGGAGGAGUCGGACCUGGUGGCGUUGGUACAGGCUAUGGACCAGGAGGAGUUGGGCCUGGUGGUGCUGGCACUGGCUAUGGACCAGGUGGA